GUACAAAACCUUUUCUUUUUUAGAUCAAUUGAUAUUCAAAGAUUAUGAUUAAUGUGUAGAAGAUGAAAUUAGCAACAAAAAAAAAGAAGAUAGGAAAGAGGUGAAAGUCAAACAUUGAAUGUGAGAGUUGUAAGCAAAUUUGACCACAAGUAUAGAAGAUAUGAAAGAGUUGAAAAGUAAUAUGCAAAAAGGCAAAAAAAAUUGAAAGUGCUGACAGGGAGGAAAAAGGGAUAUGACAGAACAGCACUAUCUUUACAAACGAUGUGAGGGAAUCCAACUGCAUUCCAAGAUCUCAUAGGCCACAACAACUUGUGGCUCACAAUUUUCUCUUCUUUGCUGAUGUGGCACCAUAUUUUCUCUUACCCACCUUAGUUAAUAAAAAAACAAUAAAUAAAACCUUCAAACCACUUCAUACACAAAUUUUCUAUGUCUUCCCUCCUUCUCUUUCUCUCUCUCCCUCUUUCUCUCUUUGAUCCAUCAAUGACUAUAUAAAAAUCCCAUUUUUUACAACAAUUAACAGAACAUAUGGUUAUAAAUUAAAAGUUACUGAACACUUCAACAACUUCUAUAUAUUCCUCAUCAUAAUUAUCUCCUCAUUUUUUCUGAAACUGAACCUGAACCUGAUUCAGAUCAUUACAGAGAAAUGACAGAGGUUAAAGACCCUGCGAUAAAGCUUUUUGGAAGGACAAUUCCACUUCCACUGAUCAUCCCAAAUGACUCUUCAUCUCCCUCUUCUUCUCCGCCAGAAUUCAGCUCUGCAAUACAACAAGAAACUGAGGAACCGUCAAGGAAAGAACCCGCCACAACACAAGAUGAUGAUGCCUCACAACAAACCGCAGAGGAUUUAAAAUCUCUCACAACAUCUUCAGUCAUACUUGAGAAUCCUCCUAAGACCCCCUCAGCUGAAACCGAGAAUUCAUUAUUGAAAUCUUCUACAAAUGGAGAACAAAGCGAGACUAGUGUUUCCGAAGAAAAAACUCUAAAGAAACCCGACAAAAUAAUUCCAUGUCCGCGAUGCAAUAGUAUGGACACCAAAUUUUGUUACUUCAACAAUUACAACGUCAACCAGCCUCGUCAUUUUUGCAAAAAAUGUCAAAGAUACUGGACUGCAGGAGGCACAAUGAGAAAUGUUCCUGUUGGUGCUGGUCGCCGCAAGAACAAGAACUUAUCUAGCUCGCAUUAUCGACACUUGAUAAUUCCAGAGGCUGCUAAACUUAAUUCCCCUAAUGGAUUACAUAUGGGAAAUGGAGCAGCUGUAUUGGCGUUUGAUUCAGGUUCACCGCUUUGUAAUACCAUGGCUUCUGUGUUGAACAUUGCUGAGAGAACACAGAAUUGUGUGCCAAAUGGUUUUCAUCAUCCAAAUUCCUAUGGUGGGGAAAGUGGUCACUCGAACGCAGUUUCGGUUACAACUUCAACUUCAUCAGAGAGGAAAGGCCACGCUGACACAAAUGGAUCAGUGGAUAAAAGAGUUGAAGGUUUCCCUCCUCAAUUGCAAUAUAUUCCAAGUCCCCUUUUGCCUUAUCCAUGGAGUUCUGCAAUGCCUCCUCCUGCAUUUUGUCCACCAAACUAUCCAUUAGCAUUCUAUACUCCAGUAACUCCGCCUGCAUAUUGGGGUUGUGUGCCACCGCCAUGGAAUAUGCCAUGUAUCUCAUCAGAAAGUGCUUCUGUUAACCACAGUGACUCUGCUCAUAGUUCUGUCCCAUAUUCACCUACUUUGGGGAAACAUUCAAGAGAUGGAAACAUCAUUACCUCAGUCAACUCACAAAAAGAAAAGCCGGAUAACGAACACAAUAAUACCGAAAGCAGCGUUUUGAUCCCGAAAACACUUAGAUUUGACGACCCAAAUGAAGCCGCAAAGAGUUCAUUAUGGUCAAAGCUUGGGAUCAAUAACGACAAAGCCAGUUCAAUCAAUGGAGGAGGCAUGUUCAAUGGAUUUCAAUCCAAAGGAAAGGACAUGAAUCACUCGGUUGAGGCGUCGCCGCUGAUGUAUGCCAACCCUGCAGCUUUAUCGCGGUCCCGUACCUUCCAAGAGGGAACCUGAUUGGAAAUUGCAUUGAAAUACAUCAGAUUUUCAUUGUGUUGAUGCACACUGUCAUCAGAGUUGUAGUUAUAACAGUGCAACCUCAUUCUGCUGACAAGUUCUUGCUCUUGAUUAUUCUCAAAGAAAGGAAGUAUAGUUCACCAACCUCCAUGCAAGAUUCCUAGGACAACAGUGUUGUACUUUACCAGUUUAGCUUCAGUAGCUGUUAUCUUCAGCCUGUCUAAGUGAACAGGUGUUUCUGCUGCAGAUUUAGAGUAAAUAUCUUGAUGUACAUAUAUAUAUGAGAGACAAGGAAAACAAGAUGGAAAAGAGAAAGGAAAUGAGAUUCUUAGGCUAAAAUCCAAUUGUUUAGAAUAAACUUGUUAAGUCUUCAUUGGAAGCCUGUUAUUUUGUUACCUUUUUUUUGGAGAUUCUCUACUACAAUAAUUUUAGUCUCAA